AUGGCAGGCUUUCUCGCCAGCUUCAAUUUCGGAGACCGCGAAGAGAGCUUCGCGCCGCAGGACGAUGGCUGCCCGUCUCUCGACCAACUACAGAAGCGACUACAGCAAAUUAUUGACGAGAAGACGACGGAAACUCGGGCCCAGCGCGUAACGGCCACCCUCGACGUCGCAGGCACCGCCCAAUUCCCCAUCACCGCCGCCAUUGCGCCGGCCACCAUUGCGCCGGAGCAAGAUGAUGGGGCCAGCAACGUAGACCCAAGGCUCUCGGAAGCUGAGCCAAUGCACGUGGACUCGGAAAACAGGGGAAGCGACCAGACGCUUGUAUACACCGCCGCGGAGGUCUUGAGGAACCAACUCGACGACGCUGCAGCUGUGCAGCGAGCCGUGGCGGAACAAAUCGUCGAGACCGCCAGCCACGCAGACGGGAGCACCUGGGUGCUGCACAAGUCGGACCUGACACCCAACGGCGGCACUUACGUCUUCUUGUGUGCCAGGUCAGUUCGGCAGUGGACAAUCGAACACCCCGAGACGACCAAGUUGAUUGUCGGCGAUUAUACCAAGAAAGAUCCCGACCCUCUUCUGAUGAGUCGGCCGGCGUUCAACUGCAGAGGAUCCAUCAUGGUGGCCUUCUCGAGGAAGAACCGGACAAUUUCCGUAAAAUACGAUCACAUAGCUCUCCACAAGACCGUGGGUGAGCUAGGGGAAUUUCGGAAGCCUCCACCAAUGAUCGGACCUCAAAAACCAGACAAAACGACUUUGGCCUUGGCCGUCAAGGAAGCCCAGCGCGUGGCGGCCCAGGCUAGGAAGCUGGCGAACAAAGAGAACAGACCCAAGAAAAUCAAAACACCACGACCAAGAAAAAAGAAGGCGAAUACCGGAAGCGAUGUGCAGACGCAGACGCAGGCGCAGUUGUCUUUGGCGGAUCAAGCCAGUCAAGCUUUGGAGGGUGCGGGCAUGAUUCAGCUGCAGGAAGCAGUGGCAAGAGAGCAGGAGGAAGAAGGAGGCACUGCCCUCUCCGAGACACAGACGCAAGCUCGGCCCGUGGUCAAGGAGCUGGCUCUCAACGUAUCACCAGAAGAAGCUGCGCGACGAAGGGAUGUGGCGCUCAAGCUCCUCACGGACGCGGGCGUGGGCCACGCUUCACUGACGCCAGACCAAUUCAACAUCUUUGCAAACCAGGCUCCCGACCUCCAGAAAGAAUCUCUGAACAUGAUCAUAGCAUACGGAGCAGAAAGAUUGCAAAUAGUGCAUCCUAGCCACAGAGAGAGCUCGACAUCAGUGCCUCCCUCAGGCACGCAUGCUCAAACCGCUGGGGACGGUUCUGCUUCGGCGCUCCCAGAGGCGCAAGCGACAACCAAGAAGCAGCUGGUGCUAGACGAGACCCCCAAAGCGAAAGGGAGAUCAAGGCCGUUGGGGAAAUCGAGGCUGGCUUGUUUCCAGUGCAAGAACCGAAAAGUCAGGAAGCCAAGGAAGAAAAAGACAAAAACAGACGCGCCUGCGGCUGAUGACGUGGUUAACGCUGAUGGGGAUGAUGGUGGAGACGGCGACGGCACGCCGGAUGAGACUCUGAUGACUGAGGCUCACGAAGAAAACACCCAAGUUGAACAGUUUGCGGAACCUAGAAGCGAAGAGGACUUCCAACGGUACGGAGACGGCUAUUACUCUUAUCCUCAAGUCCCGGCAGACGCGGAUGCCGGCCAAGAUGUCAUUCAAGAUGCUCAAGAUGCCGUUCAAGAUGAGGUUCAGCGUGCCGGUCAGGUUGAGGCCCCCAGCGAGCCUAACCAGAACGAACAAGAGCAUCAGCCGCCGCCAACCUCUUUACCCUACUUCCAAACUCCGUCAGGAUUCUCCCUCCCUCAGCCCGAUCCUCUGGAUGAUCCGCCACGGCCACUCCUCCACUCCAGCCUGGCUUUGCCAGAUAGCACCGUUUAUUUCCCACCAUAUCAACCAGCUACGGCUACACCUGCGCAGCAAGAAGCACCGCCAGCGCACGACUCCCAAAGCCAAGGCCGAGAUCACCACGCAGCCCAGCCGCACGCACCGUCGUCCCAUGGCAACCACGCCAGGCAAACGCCGAAUGCUGUUGGAAAGAGUGACAGCGGCAGUCGUGACGGCACCACCUCUUCGACAUGGAACCAACAACACACCUACUCCUUGCCACCCCCGGUCAGAUCCACGACGCACCUGUCUCCUCUGUCACAGCCCGCGCUGGCAGGAUCGCAAAGCCCCGACGUGGCCACGACGGCGAUUCUGAACACAAACCACGGGGUUCAGAUGCAGGACGUGCUUCUCCUCGCGCACGCCACGUCGGCGCACAACCAGCGGUACACGCCCAACUCGGGCGUCAAGAUGCACCACCCAGCAGCGGCGGCCACGCCGAAACAGAGCCCUCAACCUGCCUAUGUCCAACGGUCCGAAUCCCAGCCGGGUCGUCGCACGGCGACGCCACAGAGAGGUCUUGGUGGCGCGUACUCGACAUCUCCAGACCAGAAUGCAGACUUGACCAACAAUAGCAAAACGAUGCCUGGUGGUCGGAUGUCGAUGGGCGGACUGCAAGCAGGUGGGGGGUAUGGGAGCAACGUCGACAUGGCCUCUGAAGCGUCCAGCAAGAUUGGAUACAAGCCAUACUCGUAUCAUCAAAGAAGCAGCAUGGCCGUCAACUAUUCCCCAUAUCAAUAUGGGCCUGUCACAACGGAGCCGCCAGCUGCAGUCACCGGCACGCCGCCGCAGUCGAUGGCUCAGGGAGUUGCAAGCUUGAGAAGCGAGGUCCAGGGUGUGAUGUCGUCUAGCCAUGGCCAUCGGCCGCAGCAGCAGCAUCAUCAGCAGCAGCAGCAUCAGCAGCAUCAACAGCCGCAUCAACAGCACCAGCAACAGCACCAGCACCAGCAGCAGCAACAACAACAACAACAACAGCACCACCAACAGGGAGCUUGGAAUCAAAGGCUCGAACACCACAGUCAAGACAGCAGCAGCAGCUUUUCGCAGGGGAUUCAAAGACACGGCUAUGGAUGGGGCGUGCAAGACGGCUGGAACCGCGGACAUUGA